AUGUAAGAGAAAAUUUAAGAAGAAAUAGAAGAGUUAAAGAAAGAUAUUCAACGUUUAGGUACAAAGAAUGCAGAAGGAAAAUACGUUGUUAAAUUUGGAGUGCUAUUCAAUGACGAAAAAACUUAACAAUAUUAUGAAGUAUUCUAUAUCAAUAUUCUAUGGCACUCGUUGGUACUUUGA